AUGGAUAUAGCUAAUGCAGUCGCAUAUCUCCGUGUUGGAUUUGCUAGGCCUAUCGUUUUUCGAAAUAUCAAACCCUUGAGUAUCUUAUUCCAUGAACAAUAUGUCACGAUACUGUUCGAUUUUUCACUAUCCAAGUCUAAUCCAGAAGGUGAAACCCACGUUAAAGAUAGUGUGAUGGGAGAAUUUGGACUUGUUGCGUUGGAGUACCUCACUACAGGUCAUUGCAACGAGAAAAGUGAUGUUUAUAGUUUUAGAGCAUUAUUGCUCGUACUUUUUACCGGACAAAGGAUUACUUAUCUCUCACGUCUUAAAACUAGUGAUAAACAUCCGUUAUGGGAAUGUGUGGAUAAGUAUUUCGAACAGAGUAGUGUUAAUAAGAUAGAAGAUCCUGUAAUUGUUUGA